ACAAACACAAACGGAGACACCUGUACACACACACAGACAUGUACGUACACACAGAAACAUGUACACACGCACAGAGACACAUGUACACACACGCACAUACAGACACAUGUACUGUAUACACACACACAGGCACGUACAGACAUGCAUACACAGAAAUACACACGUACAUACAUACACAGACACAUGUACACACACACAUGUACAUACAUACACAAAACACAUGUAUAUGUACACACACACACAUAUAUGUACAUACAUGCAGACACAUGUACAGAUACACACAUGUACAUACACAGACACAUAUACAAGUGUACAUGCAUACACAGACACACACAAAC